AGACUGCAAUAAUACGUAUCCCGUGUAUUUCUCACCCCUGGUCAUUGUGUCACCUGGAUAUCCCGACUCUUAUGAAAGUAACUUGGAAUGCUUCAUAACAUUGGCCGAUAUAUCACAUUCAACGCCACGAAACUUGAAACUAGACAUCGUCCACUCGGAUUUAGACGGCGCCUACCCACACUGCGAAAAUGACUCGGUUACUCUUUAUCAAGGUCAGAGAGGGAGCCGCAUUGGAGAGGUUUGUGGUGAUUCUUCAACAACUCCAGUGGGUCCGUACUACUCCAACGGAAUGAUAAUGAAAAUGGUGUUCAAAACCAACGGUGACACAAGUGGUCGGGGCUUCCGACUCCGUGCUUCACACAGCAUACGGAAAGUCGAACCACCUCAGUCAGGAAACUGUGGUUCUCUGUUCCUUAAUGCGACCACAAAUCGACAGUUCUUACAGUCCCCUGGAUACCCUGUACGAUAUCAAAACAAGGAAGAUUGUCGGUGGACAAUAACGGCUUCUAGUCCAAAUAUGAUGUUGCGCAUCGAAGUUAUCGACUCGGAUAUAUACUCUAAUGAUAGAAGUUACGUAACCUGCAGAUAUGACCAUGUUACGGCUUAUGACGGACCAUCAAUCUUUAAUGACACAUUAUCAUCAUGGUGCGGCCCUUCACGACCGACCUUUCAGAGCACUGGAUCAGCUGUGACAAUUCACUUCCAUACAGAUACAUCAACAGCUAAAAGAGGCUUCAAGUUGGCAUACUUUGAAACGAAUGUUGGUUGCCAAACCGACUAUACGUGGGCUAGGACUUCUGCCCCAACCUUGAUAACUUCCGAAAUUCAAGCGAGACCUCCAAAGGUGACUUCCAGUGUUCAAACCACACCUCCACAAACCAUCAUUCAGUCAAAGGCGUCUUCUGAGAAGGACAAAUCCUUAUCUCAGAACCAACCAUCUAAAUCAUCUGACACAAGUGCGAAAGCGACUGUGAAAAAUCCAUCCAAACCUAACUAUGAAAACAAAAAGAGUCAAAGCAACAGACCCCGAAAGGGGUCAAAUAACCAGGUCCAAAUUUAUAAUAAGUUUGGAUCCCUUGAGGACAUGGAUGUGUCCGACCAGAGCCAUGUCUGUUAUGAUUUUCAUUUCAGCCACGAGGAAUGCAUCUGGACCAUACAUGCUCCAGCAAACACGAACAUUGAAGCUAAAGUCAGGAACACAUUGAUUGAAUCAACAUCCCAAUGUACAUACGAUUUCCUGGAAAUAUACGAUGGAGUAUCAUCCAGUUCAUCAAGUGCCGGGAGGUUAUGUGGGGAUGACGACACUGACUACAUCAGUUCCGGUCACGUCAUCACCGUUAGGUUUCAUUCUGACUCAUUUACCAGACGCAAAGGAUUUCAAAUGCAUCUCAAAGCGGGACACUUUAGUGUUUCUGAGACCGAGGAGUUUUCAGCUUCCUACAGUAGCAAGUACAUAUAUUCUCCGAAUUACCCAUUUAAUUACCCGAGUAACGCUGAGGUCGGCUGGAAGAUCACCGCGGAUGAGGACUACAUUGUCAAAGUCAACGUUAUUGAAUCUAGACUCGAAAAGUCCUUCGGCUGUGCCAAUGACUAUGUGGAGGCAUUUGACGGGCCGAACUCGAAUGCCCCUUCACUUGGUUGCUGGUGUGGAAAGAGUGAGCCUAUCAAACGCAGUUCUGGUUCUGUUAUGUUCCUGAAAUUCAAGUCGGAUUCAUCUGGUGUUGAUCGUGGGUUCAAGAUAGAGUAUACCAACGAAUAUAAUUAUCAUUCUGAUUUGGAUACUGAUGUUGGAGCCAUUGUUGGGGGCUCGAUUGGUGGCGCGUUUCUUUUGCUACUCAUAAUAAGUGUAAUCGGCAUAUGCAUCUACAAACACGGCCAACGCACCACUGCCACCAACCUCCCAGUGCAAUAUACUGUAGGCCAGGUACCUGUGAUCAACCAUUUUGGCCAAGCUCAGAUCACCAACGCAAUGCCCGCCACAACCUUCACUGGACCUCCUACCUACACACCGGCAGCUCAGGGUGCUGCCGUACCUUAUUCAGGGUACGUCAAUGCGGAAGCACUGCCAAACAAAUAUUGAAGGUCCAUGUGUACAUCCAUCAUCGAUUAUCAAAUGCAUGAUAUCACCAUUCUGUCAUGACUACAACAGGAUAGUUAGGUUAUUAGGCCAUUUAAAAUAGCACAAUAGACCUCCACUCAAAUGACUAAUGGGCAGGGGUGCUUUAGCGAAUGGCUCUGGCGUACUUAUCCUCACUGAUACCUGUGGUCAACAACUUUGACCAAGCACACACCGCCAACGCACCUUCUGCCAACACACUGGCAGCUCAGGGUGCUGCCAUACCUUCUUCAGGGUACGUCAAGCAGGGUACGGAAGCAUUGCCAAACAAAUAUUGACCUUCCAUGUGUAUAAACAUCGUCGACUUUCUGAUGCAUGAUAUCACCAUUCUGUCAUGACUACAACAGGCUAAUUAGGUCAUAAGGCCAUUUGAAAUAGCAUAAUUGGCCUCUAAUCAAAUGACUCAAGCUGAUUGGCAGAGGUGCUUUGGCGAAUGGCUCUAGCGUACUUACCCUCAAAGCGUACAUACCCUCACUAUACACUUGUGUUCGCUUUAUGCCAUGUGCAGUCCGAAGCUUGAGUGAAUAAAGUUCAGUUCAUUUAAGUUUAUACCAUGUGCAGUGUAAUAAAGUAUUCUGUUGCCCUUAAAAGAACGAUCAAAUCAAGAACGAUGCUACCAACAAUGCCUCAGAUCAUACGGGAAGGGGGUCAGAGUUUGUGACGUCACCCAUUAUUUCGUAGUUCCACAGGAUGCAGCACCGCCUGUGCCUUUGAUCUUUUGAUGACAGGAUACGGCAUGCUGUGAUAUGUAUUGAUCUGUUUUAGUUCUCUCCCUUUUUUCACAUUUUUGUGAUGGUAGAAUUAGAUGUUUGGUUGCGAAUUCAGUUAUAUGAAUAUACUUGUACAGUUGUAUAUAGUUGUUUGAUAUCUUUAUGUACUUAAACGUUGUACAGAAAUGCAUAAUGUAACUAUUCAGGGAUCAUGUAUGCCUGUCUGUGUUGUACAUGUAACAAAUACCUCGGGUAACAUGGAUCUGAAUGUAGAAAUAUGACGUUUAUUGUGUUUAUGUACUCCAACCAGACUGAAAAUAAUUCAUGAACAUUAGACAGCUACAACAGGGUAUUAGUCUUUUCUUUCAUAUGUAUUUUUCUGUCUUCGUUUAAAAUUUAGGUGCAACAUAUGAAUAAAACGAUG